AUGGUUGAUAAAGAGCAACAACAUCUUCAAAAUGCCUCGGAAUACCCCUGGACGGCAGAUCAAGGGCACGGCCUAGACAACUCGAUUCCCCCUCCAGCGAAUUAUCCGUAUUCGCAAUGGAACAGGCCGGUCGACCCUCGAACUUCGUCCACACAGUCCUUGGCUCCGUCCACCCCGACAGGCAGUUACAGGGACUCGCAAAGGAGGACGCUGCUCGUUAUCUACAUCCAUGGCUUCAUGGGCAACGACUCUUCCUUUCGCUCCUUUCCCGCUCAUGUCCACAGCUUCCUUCGAGAAGCCCUGGCCGAGACACACGUCAUCCACUCCAAGAUCUAUCCCCGCUACAAGACUUACAAGUCCAUUACCGUGGCCCGGGAUAACUUCAGUAACUGGCUUAUGCCACACGAGUCGCCCACCACCGAUGUUGUCUUGAUAGGCCACUCUAUGGGUGGCCUGCUGGCCGCUGAAGUUGCUCUUUUGCCCCGUCAACCUCAAGAUGUAGUCUACAGCGACUCCCCGUUUCGCCAUCAGAUCUUGGGAACUCUGUCUUUGGAUGCUCCAUUGCUAGGCCUCCAUCCAGGUAUUGUGGUAUCAGGAAUUGCAAGUCUUUUUCGUAAGGCGCCAGCUCCUCCAGGAGCUACGAACGCGGGACAAGAGUCUCAAAUGCUUGUCGCCCAGCCCUCACCAGGGCUAUCACCAGAUGCAUCUAUCUACUCCGAGAUCUACCCUCCUCCGGAGGCAACUUCACCUAUACCCAGGCUGACGCCAUCAUCAAUGUCCUCUCCCUCGGCUCCAGAUCCUUACUUCAACCCCAAGUUCUUCAACGAUGUAUCCUUCGUGGAUCGAGGCUGGUUGAAGAACAUUGCUCAUUUUGCGCAAAAACAUAGCCAAGAGAAUCUUGUUGAGGCGGCUACUAACCACAUCAUAUCGCACUUGGAGUUUGGCGGCUGUCUGGCCGACUACCCCGGCAUGAAGUCCAGGUAUAACAGGUUGAGGAAGUUGGAAGAUGUGGAUGAGUUGAGACAGUCCUCAACAGACAAGGAGGUCAGAGUGCGAUUCGUGAACUACUAUACCGUUUCUACAGGGAUACUCAAGGACAAGGAAGCUCGCAAGAGUAUUGCUCCAACGGUCACUUCGGAGGCUGCUCCAGAAGGACAUUCGAGGUCGCACUCGAAGGCGAAAAUGGCCGAGAAAGCGGUCCCCGAGCGUGAAUCUUUCGAUACCGCCAGAUCUCAAACGUCAACUCCACGGAGCUCAGAAGAAUUGGAACUCACAGAACUGGAACCCGUACCCCUAUCCGAUGACGACCCCAUCCACCAACCGGAACACCGAAAGGAAGAGGAUAAGCCCCCUGCAUACGUCUCUCACGAAGAUGUUAACAAGACUGCCGAACAUUCCAUCAGCAACGUCAGCGGAGCCGAAACCAGGAGCAAAAGCAGCAGCGACGACGGCGACGGCGACGAAACAAGCACCCUAACAACCCUCCCCUCCUCCCUCCCCAUGCCGGACCUCCCCGCAAUCCCCCAAACCCCUUCGCCACCCCCAGCUAUUGACCUCAGCACCAUACCCUCUAAAGAAGCGCGCAAGCAAGCCGAAAAGGACGCCAAGCAAGCACGGAAGGAGUACGAAGCAGCCGUCAAGAACCGGGACAAGAUCCUGAAAGAGCGGCUGAAAAUCGUCGAGAAGCACGAGAAGGCGCAAGCCAAACUCCAGCGGGACACCAAGAAGCAGCAGGAGAAGAUAAAGAAAGAGGCCGAGAAGCAGGAGAAGAAGGACAAGAAGGAGUGGGAGCGGAAACAGAAGAAGGAAGAGAAGAUCAAGGCGAGUUCGACGGCGGAGAGGAUUGGCGAGUUGGAGAGUCAUCACUUGGCGCUUUCGGGGUCUGCGGAUGGUGAGGACAAUGAAAACGGCGGCAAUGGGGAGGCAUCAACAUCAACAACAACCAACACCACGAGAAACAAAGACAAGAACAAGGACAAGAACAAGGACAAGAACAAGGACAAGCAAAAAGUAAACGACUCAAAGAAAAAGAAGGAGAAAGAGAAAGAACCAAAGAAACAAAAACUUCGCAAAUUCUGCAUGGUCCCCUCCAAAUCCAGCAAUGGCUUCAUGGACCCGACUUGGAUCCAGAUCUACAUGGAGGGCGUGGACGAGGUCGGCGCCCAUUGCGGCUUGUUCUUUCCGGGGCCGCAUUACGAUAAGCUGGUGGGGGAUGUCAGCUCGAGGAUCGUGGGGUGGGUGCAUGAUGAUGCGAGCAAGAGGUUGUUGCUUGAGGGCAUGCAGGGGUUGGAUCUUGAUUGA